AUGUUAGAUAGUUUUUCUCUUGAAGUUAUAUCUCGUUUUAAAGAAGCACUACUGGCUCAGAAAUUAGAUACUGAUCGUAAUUCCAAAACUUUAAAUGAAGAAAAUGAGAGUUUACCAGUUUAUAAUCGAGGACUCAAAUUGCUGAAAACAAUUCAACCUUCCUUUAACACUUUAAGAUCCAAAGUUACAGAAUAUGGAGGUAAAAAAUAUUCAGUUUUGUCAAAUGAAAGUAUUGAGAUAGAUAAUUUACAUAAUAAAAGAAAAUGGAAUGAAAUAUAUGGUGAUAAUAAACAGGACCAAAAUGAGGAUGAUGAGGAUGACGAAGAGGAUGACGAAUUAGAGUAUGAUGAAGAUAAAGAAGAACAUCCAUUGAAAAAAUCUCGAAUUAUUGAAUUAUUAUCACCUUUAAAUCAUCCUUCAGAAAUAAUAUCCCAUCCAGCGAUUUCCAAGACAUAUAAACUGCAAACAUUAUCGAAACUUGCCAGUGAAUUGAUUGAUUUGAUUGAAAUAGAACAAACUAAUUUGAAUUGGUUGAAUAAAUUAUUACAAGUGUUGAAUGGUGAAGAUUGGUUUUACUUGCUAGAAGAGAAUUUGGGUUUAAAAGAUUAUGAUCAUGGUUUGGAUGAAGAUAAGAAGAAAAAAAUUGAAGAAAAAGAAAAUAAUAAUAAAGACAAUACGGUUGUUGAGGAUGAAUUUGAAGAUGAAGAAGAAAAUAAGGCUGAUCCGUUUUUUGCCUUGCCGACUGCAUUAAAACGAUAUGAAACUUAUCAACAGAAUUUAGAAUCUAGUGAUCCACUCAAGGAAGAACUUAUAAAUUAUCUUCAAGUUAGUAUUCAACGUCAACAUGAAUACAUUAAGAAUUUGAUUCUGUUAAGGAAUGGUUUGGUUAGAGCAGAUAGACUAAAGAGUGAUUUGUACAAAUGGGGUAAAGAAAUGUACGAAAAGAAGAGUAGUUAA